AUGGGGAAUGGCUCUCAUGGAAAAAAUGUCAAAGCUUUCAGCUCAGGAUACGAUCUUCGUCUACAAGGUAAAAAUACAACAACUGGAGUUAUUUGUUUUAUUUUAAGUGUAGCACCGGCCGAGGAAGCAUCUGUGCUUUUGUGGGAGUGUGUGAGAAUGAGUGUGUGUGAGUGAGUGGGUGUACAAAAAAGGGAGCAAGAGAGUGUUUUACUACUGAGUCUUUGGUGGUGUGUGAAAAUAUUUUAGUCUUAAAUUAUUCUUGCUUCUAUACACAUAUUUACUUUUAUUUUAUGUCAUUUUGAAAGUGUUAAUGUGCUGUGAGGUUUGGUGAGUUUUAAUCCAACUUGGGCAGUGUAUCUUUGCACUCUAUUAGAAGGUAAAACUGGUUAUUUAUGGGUUUAAGGAUUUGAUGGUGAAUUAAAGUUUAAUUUGUGUUACACCAUAUUUUUAAAAUCUAUGUUUAAUGUUUUUUGUUAAUUAUUUGUAGUGACUGAUGUGAUUCUGUUAACAUUUUUGUAAAAAAGAAAAAAAACACAGAAGUCACCAAGCUGCAAAAAUGACAGAUAAUGCUUUUUUUUCCUUUCUUUUUCUUAAUGUCUCCCCUAUUUUUUAUUUUAUGUCACGUAAAAACGUCUUGUCACUGUGACUGAUGUGCGCCAGCAGCACAGCCCUAAUCCCAGGCCAGACGCCCUUUGACCUGCACCAACUUUACUAUACAUGUGUCUCAGUCUUUGUCAUCUUCAACUGUGAAACCCAAAGUCAAGUUCUCAUCUCAGCAUCUCUCUGAUUCUACAUCAGCUGCAGACACAGGAAGACACCUGUGGGAGCCCUUUAAAGUUGGAUUGGUGUGUGUUUGUGUAUGUGUGUGUAUGUGAGAGAGAGAGAUUAAGGAGUGGGGUUCUGGUCCUGAAGUGUGCAGGUGGGUAACUUCAGCUCAGUCGUAUACCCCCACCCAGAGCCCGGCCCAUUGUCCCAGUGUGUGGGCCUUUGUGUGGAGGGCCAUUGUGAGGGGCCGGGGCCGGUCACUGUUGUGUCUGGAGCUUCUCUCCUCAGACAAAGAGGCCGUCUACGAGCCUCCACCCUGCCCAAACAACACACUGACUGACUGACUGACUGACUGACUGACUGACUGACUGACUGAGUCUGCAUCUCGCUGUCAGUCUGACUGACUUAAUGGCUGAGCAGGUGUCUGUCUGGUUGACUUAUUAAUUGGAUGAAGUCAGAGAAGGAGGACACAGAGUGUGUUCCAGCAGAUCUUCAAAACCCCAAGUUAAAAAAAAAUAAGGAGGUUUCAGUGCUCUUUGAAAUUUUAAACAACAAAAAGGCAUUCAACACAUUCUUUCAAAAUGCAUAUUUUUUUGAAAUAUUUUUAAAUCUACACGAGAUAAUUUUUUUUUACAAUUACACUGCUGCUCAGAAUCCAGAGAUGUUUUUAAGUUUGACCUAUGAAUAAAGACACCCUGGAAAUUAUCCAACCACAGCACUUUGAAAUGUCAGGAAUGCUCCUGAUAUUUUACAAAGCUGUGAUAUCCAUCUGAACUCCAUAAUACGAGCACUUUGAGACGGCCAGAAUAUGGUGUUAAUAUUUUUUUCCUGAUAUGACUGAUGUCAUAUUUUAAAAAUGAGUCACUAUAAUUCAAGAUAUGACACAGAGGCAUAUUUGAAUAUUUUAUUUAAUAUGUACAAAACAUCCACACUCACUAUAUUAUGUGAGAGAAAUUAUUCUUGGUUUUGGUCCUGAUAUUAAGCAUAUUGAUAGAUCUCUAUAUAUUCUACAUUGUAGAGGAAAACCCCAGUGUUGCAGUUUGGGGUUUUUGAGUCAUUUGUAGCUAAAAAAAAUAUUUCACAAAGUUUGAAGAGACAAUUCAUCAAAGAGUGCACACUGUUGAUAUCAUCAUUACAGUCAUUUUACGACAAUCCAAAAAGGUUUGAUUCAGAAAAGUGUAAAUCCGGCCUGAAUUGCUGAUGCUGAUUGUUGUGUGUGAGUGUGAGUGUGUGAGAGUGUGUGAGUGUGUGAGAGAGAGGGAGAGCCAGAGUGAGAGCACUGCAUGGCUGCAGGGGGAUACCCAUGCUAUGGUGGUAAAUUCUUUAAAAAUCGUAUUUUUAUUCUUGAAUGAGCACAUGACUGUAAUGUGAAAGAUGUAAAUUAACAACCUGUCAUUAGUGGAGUUAACCGUGUGUGUUUUCUUAUUUCUCCAGGCAGUGGAAAGUUCAAACUCAAGACAGGGAUUUAAUUUUUUACACACAGUGACUAAGAAGUGUGAUGUUGUUGUAAAAGUCAGUUUAUGUUGUUUAUGAAUUGUGUGUAAUUUACAAAUUUUUGUUGAUUUUUUCGCCUAAUUUUUAGUGUUAUUUUUUUGCAUGCAUACAAUCUUAUAAUCAUUUCAGUCUAAGCUUUGAAAAAGUGGCUCACUCUGGAGAACUGCUGACAAACUCCUUUUACACAGCUGUCUAACAGGGUGGCGUGUUUCGGCCUGACUUUAACCGUUUGUUAGUCUGACAUAUAAAAACAGCUCCUGCCAUCAUUAUCUAAGAGGUCACUGAUGAGUCUAAACUGCGUGACCCCUGUGGUGCAUAUCUGUGCAUGACAAACACCUUUUUUGUUUCAGCAGCAGCACCAGUCCCCGAAAGCAUUCCUGCAACACUCCAUCACAGCCACCCAAACAAAACCACGGAGGGAACUCGAGGAAAUUCCAGUGAGCCGCUCAAUCAGAGACUGUGGAAGGCCUCGUCGGCCUGCGAACAUCUCGCAUGUGCCAAGAAUUCACACUUCCUCGCUAUAUCAACAGAAACAGGUUAUCUUUUCCUGUUAACCGCCUGCCACUUAAUAUAAAGUCACAAGUUCCUCCCCGUGUUUCCUGCCCAGACCACAACCCACGUCAUCGAGCUAUUCCCCUGGCACCGCAGGCUCUGAAUGAGGGGAAAGCAAGUGCCCACAAACAAACACCUAACAUCCCUCUUUCUCUUUCUCUCUCUGUCUCUUUCUCAUUUUUUUUUCAUCUCUUGGAGCAGGCCAAAUCUGAUCUAAAUCGCUGUAUUUUUUCCGUUACUCUGACUGUUUCGGUCUGCCUGAGAUGUAGGUGGAGCUUGCUUGUUUUUUUUUUUUUUUGGAGCAGUUCAGUUGAACUCGGCUCGCCAAGAAAGCUGUAUCAAUACAGGAAAAGUAUUUCAUUGAAAAGCUCUGACGUCACAUUGGUUUUUGAAACGCUGCGGUUCAUGUGAGAAGAGUGUGAGAGUUUUAGGAUGAGUGACAGGCAGACAGGAGGGGGAAGGGAAGUCAGGGAGAUGCUGCAGAGCAUCGAAUGACAGAUGUGCAGAUGUGCGUCCGUGGUGCGUUUUUUCAGGGAAGAAAAGUGAGGGUUGGGGUGGAGGGGGGUUGGUGGUGGUGGUGGUAAUGCUCAUUAAAGCAGCGCACCUGCAGCCUAUCAAAGAGCCUUUAUCUUUUAUCAAGCAAAUCUGCUCAAGCACGCAGCGCGAGACGUGAAAACAGGCAGGCUGUGCUGCACGCUCACCCUGACUCUCUCUUUUCUUUCUUUCUCUCUCUUGACCAGUGGAUGGUACCUGGCCCAGUAAUCCCAUCAGGAAUGUCGGAGGAUGCGUUCAGAUGCAUUUGGCUGAGAAAGCAGGGCAGCACUUCCAACUGAAACAUCUGUACAGGUCAGAAGAGAAACUUUUUUUUUUUUUUUGUGGAGAUUUCAUUCAAUUUAACGGGGCAAGCAUUUAAAUCUCUCUCUGUAUAUGUAGAUACACUGUGUUUGAAUGUCUAAUUAGCAUGAGCAAUACUGCUGUCCACUAUGGGCUGUUUCAUGUGUGGUAGUCUUCUCAUAGAAGGCGCAGUCUUGUGUAAUAUUCCUUUAAUCAUUAUUAUUACAAACUGCUAUUACGUAGCACAUCAUUGCAAAUAUGUGGUAGGAUAUAAUCGAAUUACAUGACUGGUGCAACUGAUGUGUAAUAACAUAACUCUUCAUAAAACCAAGAUCAUGUGAUUAAGACACUUUUUAAUGGACAGCUGUUUUAAAUAUGAAACUGCCUUGGUUUUUGUUGUUUUUUUUUCUUUUGUGAAUUUUCAGACACUUCUAUUGAUGUCACCACGUAUUCUAAAAUUUAUUUUCAUCUGUCCUUCGGCUGCCGCGAUUUUUCCAUUAAUCGAUUAAAGUUCAACCGGCAAAAUGGUUUACAACUUUUUUAGUAAUCGACGUAAUCGUUUUUGUUUUUUUGCUUUGUUUUUCUCUCAAAAGUGCCUCGGUUUCCUCCACUCAUAGUCUCGGCUGUGUGUGCCUCCUGGACGCACAUGUGCAUAUUUUUUUAACCUUUAUUUAACCAGUUUUGUCCCAAUGAGAUUAAAAAUGCUAAUGCAAAAAUUAAAAAUAUACGAUCUGAGUAUUCGACUAAUCAACAAAAUAAUCGUUGUCAUGACGAUUAUCUGAUUAAUCAUCUCUGGCAGCCCUAAUCUGUCCUUGUUUUUGUCCGUUAUCAAGCUACUGAUUUGUACUUCUUUGAAAUUACUGCAGAGCUGUAUGGUGCAACACUUCCCCCCACCACCGAUAAACGACUACAGAUACUGCAAAAAAAAAAGUCAGUUCUCUAACCGACCCUCUUUUGGACAUCUACAGUCAUCUAAGGCCAAUUACAGUAUUUAUCACAGUGCAUAUAAUUUACAGUGUGAUAGCAACAAAAUGUAGAUUAUGUCUUCUUUCUGCAAAUAUAUAACUAAGGCCCAAAUGUAGAAGCCUGAGUGCUGUAUGCCGAGGAUCACAGAUAUGGAGUUAAACAACAAACUAAAAAUGUCACUUUCUUUUAAGAAGAACAUAAAGGAGCAGGUGUUGCUGCUGUGUGUACUAUCAGGUUUUCUUAUUUUGUGUUUUUGUGCUAAAUGAACUUUUCUUUUUCAUGUUUUCUUAUGCAGGAAUAUCAGAGGGCCUGAAAUGCUUUUUGGUGCCACUGGUGAGAUAUGA